AACCAAACUUAUGAGGAUUUAAUACACCACUUGAGGUAUAUAAAAAUAAUAUUUUUUGUUAUAAGGAUCUGAGGGCUAAUUACCGCAGUCGAACACGAUCGAAAUUUAUUCGUACUUGCGAGAUUUUAUAUUUUUGAGAUUCUGUCAUUCGCUAUCGAAAUUUCUAAUGAUGUUACUCGAUAACAAACUUGUGUUCGAAUGCAACCGUGUGAGUUUUCAGUCGUUAGCAAAUUACCAAUCGAAAUUAUAUUUUUCAAAGAAUUCGUUGGAAGAAAAGAAAAUUUCGAAUACAACAAAAAUUAACUUCAGACAAAAGCAAAUUCUUGCUGAGUUUAUGUCAGAGCACACUGAUUUGGCCAAAGGAGUUCUACCAAAUACAUCACAAGGAAAAGCAACAGCCAAUAGACUAUGGGAAAACUUAGCCCUAAUGCUAAAUGCUUCUGGUCCACCAUUGAAGGAUGCUAAAACGUGGCGAAAGGUGUAUGCAGAUCAAAAGCAGUUGGUUAAAAAAAGGUUUCUUUUAACAAAUCCUCCAAAAAAAACUGGUGGAGGCCCUUUUGAGGAGAAACACCUUAGCGUAGCUGAGGAGCAAAUUUUGGAAGCAGCAGGAAUUGAAGUAUCUGUAGUAGGCUUGCAAGAGAUCCGUUCAUUCGGGAAAAAAAUCAAGAAGUAGAACAAUGAAAUUCUUCUGAAGGUACGAGUACAUCCCAAGGAAAUGAAGCCGACGAAUACAUUUCGGAAGUAAUGGACAUCGUAGAUAAUGAGGAGAAUGAAGAGACGCCUAAAAAAGAUAGAUCACUGCACUUGCGCAUUACAAGAAAAGAGUCAAGAGAAACGAAGACGAGUUUAUUAAAAAAUAAUAUUAGUGCCAAUGAUAAAUACCAUGCUGAAGUUCUUAAAAGAUUAGAUAAAAUA